UCAUGAGCUCUGCACUGCCGUAUGAUUCGCUGUCAGCUCGGCUGAGCCCCAGCAGACGAGCUUUGGACUGGGAGCGCGAGCAGCUAGCCGUGCGAAGACUGUCUUCUCCACGGGGUCUCGACCUGCUCACUCCUCCUCCUCUUCCUCGUCGACCCUCUGCCAUCCCUGGCUACCUGCUAUCACCGUACCAAGAGCAGGAGGAGCAGCUCCACCAGCAGCAGCAGCGACUAUCCCUGUCCGUGUGCUCAGAGGCCUCCCUGGCGCCCCCUGCACCUCCACCUGCGGGUGCUGCCCCACCCUGCUGCCGCCCUGUGGGAGUCAUGCACCUCCUGCGCCUGGGUCUCCUGGCUUUCAGCUGCCUCUUCUGGGCAGCCGGCUUGGCCCUCUUCACACUCGGUGUGUGGGCUCAGAUUUCACUGGCGGACUACAUGCUGUUGUCUGCCAAUCGCUACCCAAACGCCCCACUCAUCCUUCUGUCCACAGGUGCCGCCGUCACCACCUGGGGCUUCCUGGGUUGUCUGGGGGUAGCUGCAAACCUGCCCUGCGUGCUAAGAGCUUAUGGGUUCUUUCAGCUUGCCGCACUUAUAGCCGGUCUGGCAGCUGGACUCUCAGGCCUCUUCUACCGUGAAGAUAUUGCUGGAGGAUUUCGCAGCGGCUUACAGCGAGCGGUGGCCGGCUACACAGAGGACGAAGGCCGUGCCGACGCUCUAGACAGCCUGCAGAGGGCCCUGGAGUGUUGUGGAGCUGAGGGUUGGCGUGACUGGCUCACUUCAGAUUGGGCUAUCCAACAUAUGACCUUCCUGGCCACUGAGAACGGCACCUCGGUGUCCCUGCCGGACAGCUGCUGUGUGAGGCGCAAGGGUUGCAAGAAUCGACCUCUUCUGUCAGACGAUAGUGAGGGAGUAGCUGCUGCAGGAAUCCAUCCACACGGCUGCUUCCGCAAAGUCUUCAGUUUGGUCAACGACAAUGUCUUCCACAUUGCUGCCACUGUGUUGGGAUUAGCCUUCACCCAGAUCGGAGGCAUUGCCCUGGCUUGUCUGCUGGCCAACAAACUAGCACCAAGACAACAUCGUCGUGUAGUGGCACACUGA